UUCCCCGGCCUGUCCCUGUGGAUGCAAAAAAAACGUUCUCUCUCUUGGCUCUGGCCGCACGCUCCUGAUUGAGCGUUUUUUCUGGAGCCAUGCUCGUUCCGGCGCUUGUGCUCGUCUUCGGUUACCUCCCCAUGCUCACCUCCCUCUUCCCCACGCUCAACCGCGGAGUCGAAGCCCGUUGCCUCGUCCCUCAUGCCGCCGCCCGCGGGCGAGCGGAGACGCCGGCCAUGGGUGGCUCGCCGGCGGCCAGGGAGUGGCGGCGCGGCAGCCAGGAGCCCUUGCGCACUCGUGGGUGCUCUUGGAUCGGCUCGCGGCCGGCAGAAACGAUGAAGCCAGGAGCGCCGACGGCCUGCGGCGGAGGCGAGGCCGGGAAGGGCACCCGCAGGGCGUCGCCGGUGUAGAACGGCGCACGUGGCCACGGCGUGCUGGCCGCGCAGGGAGUUGUGGCGGGGGCCCGUUCCCGGAGCACCGCCUCCACGCAGCGGUCGAGGACGCCGACACCCUCUCGUCUUCUUUCCCCACGGCGGUCGAGGACGCCUCCCCGCUCUCCGCCGACUACACGUGCACGGGCUGUAGGAGCCGUCGUGCAGGGAUGACGUUCGGCGAGCGGAGGCCCGCCAUGAGCGCGUGCUCCCGCCGCCGCCCCACCGCCGCAGCCUCGUGGCACCGUGCUCGCCAUCCUCAACACCGCCCACCGAGUGUUUGAUAAAAUGCCAAAGCGGGGGAGGGGUGAUAAGGCCACCAUGUGCCAGAUGCAAGAUUACUUUACCCAUCUUUGUACCAUAUCAAACACAAAUACCAACUCAGCAUGUCUCACAGGAGAAAACAAAUCAAACAUAAGACGUGAAUGGGUGGAGCCUGGCUCUGGCUGGCCACAGCCAGGCUCAUCGGCCAGGCUCGCUAGGAGCGUGAAAUCAAACACGCCCUAGAUACCCGGCACGAACCAACCCGUGGGCGCCAGCAGAGGCUGCAAAUACGCGACGUCGUGGUCACGUACACAGCGGCCAACAAAAUCUCGGGAAACACGCGGCCUCCCUCGAUCAAGCCUCGCCGACUUCGCCGCCGCAUCCGCAGCCAUGGCGACGCCGACACCCUCCGAGCUCGAGCACAGGGCGAAGGAGGCCUUCUUCGACGACGACUUCGCCCUCGCCGCCGCGCUCUACACGCAGGCCAUUGCCGCGGGUCCCCCCUCCGCGGCGCUCUACGCCGAUCGCGCCCAGGCCUACAUCAAGAUGGGAGAUUUCGCCGCGGCCGCCGCGGACGCCGCCCGCGCCGCCGAGCUCGACCCCGCCAUGCCCCGGGCGCACCUCCGCAGGGCCCACGCCUGCGUCAAGCUGGAGCAGUACGACGCCGCCCGGGCCGCCGUCGAGGCCGGCGCCGCCCUGGCCCCCGGCGACGCGCGGUUCGCCAAGCUGAUGAGGGAGAUCGACGACAAGGCGCCCAAGCCGAUGGAGUCCGAGGCGAGCGCCGCCGUCGCCGCCACCGUGCCCACGCCCGCGCCGACUUCUGCGGAAAAGCCCAAGUACCGGCCCGACUACUACAACAGCGCGGCGGAGGUGGUGGUGACCGUGUUCGCCAAGGGCGUAGCCCCCGAGCACGUCGCGGUGGAUUUCGGCGAGCAGCUGCUGAGCGUGUCCGUGGAGGUCCCCGGCGAGGCGCCGUACCACCUGCAGCCCCGUCUGUUCGGCAAGAUCGUCCCCGACGAGUGCCGGUUCGCCGUCCUCUCCACCAAGAUCGAGGUCCGCCUCGCCAAGGCCGAGCCGGGGACGACGUGGACGUCGCUGGAGUACACCGACAAGCCAAGGUUCGUCGCCGCGGCGGCACCGCGCGGGAGCAGCUCCGCCGCCGCCGCCGCCGGCGCCCAGAGGCCGAGCUACCCGUCGUCCAGGGGCCGGAAGGACUGGGACAAGAUCGAAGCGGAGGUGAAGAGGGCGGAGAAGGAGGAGAAGCUGGACGGCGACGCGGCGGCCAACAAGUUCUUCCAGGACAUCUUCAGCAACGCGGACGAGGACAUGCGGCGGGCCAUGACCAAGUCGUUCCAGGAGUCCAACGGCACGGUGCUGUCGACCAACUGGGAGGACGUCGGCUCCAAGAAGAUCGAGCCCAGCCCGCCGGAAGGCAUGGAUCUGCGCAAGUGGGAGUACUGACAAGAUUGAUCGUGCAAGCAUGCUAGUAAUUACCAGUAGUAGGUCAUAGAACGUAUCGUUUGUUACUUAUAUAUCAGUUGAUAUUUGAACGCUUUUCUGUUAGAUUGAGCAUGUGAAUAUACUAAGUGUGAAAGCUUUAAGAGAAUUGUGUGCUUUUUUUUGAAGG